AUGAAAGUUGAAGUGUGUGUCGACAAUAUUGAAUCUGUUAAGAUCGCAGAAUCUGCUGGUGCGAGCAGAAUUGAACUCUGUGGAUCAUUAGCUUUAGGCGGAGUUACUCCACCUUAUUCAUUAAUUAAGAAAGCUGUUGAAGUAUCAAAAAUCCCAAUCUAUGUUAUGAUUAGGCCUAGAGCUGGAGAUUUCCUGUUCAAUGAAGAAGAAGUAGAGAUGAUGAUUAAUGAUAUUAAAAUUUCCAAAGAACUUGGCGCAAAAGGUGUUGUUAUUGGUGCAUUAACCAAAUCUGCAGAACUUGACAUUGAGACAACUAAGAAAUUAGUUGAUGCUGCAUCUGGAAUUGGCGUAACUUUUCACAGAGCUUUUGAUUUAGUUAAAAAUCCAAAAGAAACACUGAAGAAACUGAUCGAGCUUGGAUGCGAAAGAGUAUUAACAUCUGGCUGUGCACAAACAGCAUUCGAUGGAAGAGAGAUGAUUAAAGAACUUGUUGAACUUUCCGAAGGAAAAAUCUCAAUAAUGGCAGGUGCAGGAGUAAGUGCGAAAAACUGUCAAGAAAUUGUCAAAUUCACAAAUAUCUCUGAAAUUCAUUUGUCUGGAAAGACAACAAGAGAAAGCAUCAUGGAUUAUAGCUGUGUUAAAGCUGUAAUGGGACAGAACCCUGCAGAUGAUGGAAGAAUUGGAAUGACUAGUUAUGAAAUUGUUUAUAAUGUUUGCUCACUUCUUAAUGUAAAUAAUUAA